AUGGCUGCUGUUAAAAAGUUGACUAUAGGAAACACUAUCUUGAAUGUCAGCUUCCUCUUAUUUAGUAUAGCUAUAUCUAUUUUGUACAAGCUCAUAAAAAAGUGUCUUGGUUUAGAUAUUGAUGCUGCAAAUGUUGACAAUAAAAAUUCAACAAUCUACGAACGAAUUCUUCGGUCAAAGGAUAUAGCAGAGAUUGCAGAAAUAUACGGAUAUAUUGUUAGGGAACAUGUUAUUACCACAGAAGAUGAGUAUGUGCUCGUUAUACAUAAGCUUGAAAAAAGAGGAAUACGGUAUACUCCCAAUGGAAAAAUAGCGUAUUUUCACCAUGGGUUGCUCACAAACUCAGAGUUAUUCUUGCUUGGUGGAACAAAAGACCGGAUUUUACCGUUCUUAUUGGUGGAUAUGGGGUAUGAUGUGUGGUUGGGAAAUAAUCGAGGAAACAAGUAUUCUAUGAAACACACUAAAUUGUCAAUCGAUGAUUCUAAAUUCUGGGAUUUCUCGUUGGAUGAAUAUGCGUUAUACGAUAUUCCUAACUCGAUUGAUUAUAUAUUAUCGCACUAUAAACUAUCGGAUAAGAUAACAUAUAUUGGGUUCUCACAGGGAUGUUCUCAACUAUUUGCUAGUUUAAGUUUGAAGCCUGAAUUAAACUCCAAGUUGAAUUUAUUCGUCGGAUUAUCGCCUGCGAUAAUCCCCAGAAAUUUAAACCACCCUAUUUUCAAAGCGAUUGUUGUCCAAUCUGCUAACAAUAAUGAAUUUUUAUAUAGUAUGUUCGGAAAUAAAGCUAUACUUCCAUCUGUUGCUUUCUGGAGCUAUUUCUUAGGCUCAGCUCUAUAUGAAAAGGUCGUAGAUACUUCACUUAUCUAUUUAUUUGGGUGGACAGGAAAGAACUUGACAAAAUCUCAGAAAAGAAUAGGAUAUCCCCAUAUGUUUUCCAAUUCGUCUGUCAAAUCAUUAGUACACUGGUUCCAAAUCAUUAACAGCAAACGAUUUCAGAUGUUUGACGAAACAUGCAACAUUGGAAUGACCAAGUUAUCGAAUCUUUCGAGUGUAUCUAGGUCUAAAAGCAACAGGGUUGCUCCUUUUCCCAUAUCUCACCAUUUGAACGUUGCUACGCUUUUGGUUUAUGGGGAUAGUGACAUAUUGAUUGAUAUGGAAAAUACAAGAAAAUUAAUACUAGAUGCUAACGAUAGAAUGAAAAGCAAUCUUAUUGAUAUAGUGAAUUGUCCAGGGUAUGAACAUAUGGAUACAUUAUGGGGUAAGGAUGUCGUGGAUGAUGUAUUUACGAAAGUCAUAGACACAAUGGAAUCACUUACUCACGAGUCAAAAGUUAGUGGAGUACUGGUAACUCUGAAAACCCUAGAUGACAGCAGUUGUGAAAGCUUGUGA